AUGUUUAAAAUUAUUGGCCUACUCGGCUUGGUCGGCGUGUUAAACGCCCAAAACCUGGAAUUUGGAGAUAAAGUAAGUUGUUUUUAAAACAACGUCCGCGUAAGAAUCGAACAUUGGUCAGACAGGGGCGAUGAAAAAUUUCAAACUAUUUUAAAACCGCUCAUUUUUUGAUAAGAGGUAGCACUUGGGUAUAGAAAUGCAAAAAUAUAAAAAAAUUUUAAAAAUUUUGGUUACGGUAGGAUUACGGUAGGUUUUAAGAUUUUUUUGUAACUGUUGUACUAAAUGUCAGAAAGGAAUGGGACUUUUUUUAAAUUGUUUUUUAUUAUAAGGCAAUCAUUUUAUCUGUUGACAACUUUUUUUUAUUAUGCCCGGAAGGCAUUGAAAAAAAUUAAAAUUUUCAAAAAAACCAUCAAAAUUUUGAAAAAUUUAAAAUUUCUCGGAAAAAAUUCACUAUGUAACAAACUUUUGACAACAGAUAAUGAAAAUACAUGCUCUUACGGUUCUAAUGACACCACGCAUGGGUCAUCUUAGCGGGGCCUGCGGUAGCUACGAAUUUUCAAAGUUGACACCCUAAGGUCAUUUAGCACAGAAUUUGACUGUAAUGUGGUUACAAAUGGUUAAAAAAGAUGCAUGGCACAUAUUGCAAGUUUUAUAAGUGUUUACAAACAAUUUCUUGUGUAUUGCCUCAGGGAAUUUGUAAUUUAAAAAAAAAAUUUUUUUUUGAAUUUUAAUUUUAAAAAAUUUUUAAAGAUUGGAAAUCAAAAUAAAUGCCUCGGCUUUUGGUAAGUGACAUAUACAAGAUUUUUACGCAAAAAAAACAAAAAAAAAAUUAACCUGUGGACGAAAAAAAUUUUUUCAACCUUCCCUUCCCUAGAGAAAAUCCGUAGCGACGUCUCUGUAUAGGUCAUUUAUUAAAAGCCAAGUCAUAUUAUUUUAAUUUCCGAGCUUUAAAAAUUUUUUAAAAUUUAAAUUUAAAAAAAAAUCAAUUUUUUAAAAUUACAAAUUCCCUGAGACAAUAGAAAGGAAAUUGUUUAAAAGUCUUAUAAAACGCUCAAAAUGUGUCAAACACCUAUUUUAACCAUUUGUAACCACAUUACAGUCAAAUUCUGUGCUAAUUGACCUUAGGAUGUCAACUUUGAAAAUUCGUAGCUACCGCAGGCCCCGCUAAGAUGACCCAUGCGCGGUGUCAUUAGAACUGUAAGAGCAUGUAGUUUCAUUAUCUGUUGUCAAAAGUUUGUUACAUAGUGACUUUUUUUCGAGAAAUUUUAAAUUUUUCAAAAUUUUCAUGGUUUUUUUGAAAAAUUUAAUUUUUUCAAUGCCUUCCGGGCAUAAUAAAAAAAAGUUGUCAACAAAUAAAAUGAUUGUCUUAUAGUGACAAACAAUUUUAAAAAAGUCCCAUUCCUUUCUGACAUUUAGUACAACAGUUACAAAAAAAUCUUAAAACCUACCGUAAUCCUACCGUAACCCGAAUUUUUUUAAAAAAUUUUUUAUAUUUUUGCAUUUCUAUACCCAAGUGCUACCUCUUAUCAAAAAAUGAGCGGUUUUCAAAUAGUUUGAAAUUUUUCAUCGCCUAUGUCUGAUCCUUGGGCGAACCUUGUUUUAAACUGUAAAAUAAGGUUUUUUAUUUUAAAUUAUUGAUUAUUUUAUGUUUAAAAAUUUUCGUUUUUACUUUAUAAAAUACAGGAUAAACACCGUACUUUCAAGACAAAAUUUUAAAUUUUUAUUGAAAUUUAUUGAUUUUUAGGCCAAAAUUAAAAAAUUUUGGUUUUAUUUAUCGAUUUUCAAGCCAAAAUUUUAAUUUCUAACUUGUAACUUAAGAUUGUUCUCAAAUCUGACAUUGCUUUAAAGUUAUGACAAAUUGUUAAGCUGUUAAUACAUAACCAGAUAUUAAUCCAGCUCGCAAGAUGUGUCCUUGUUCAACAAUUUAAUUAAUACUUUUUUACUAGUAAAACGACGACUUUUUGUAUUUCUAAAACUAGGAAGCUGAAAAACCAUUUAAAUUUAUAUUAUACUGGCCAUAAAAUUGCAUUUUUUCCUGUUUUUUUAACAUUAGGCCUAAAACUUUGAGUUGUUCAAAUAACUCUGCGCUUCCUGUCAAAGCAAGUUUUUGGAGUCAUGGGGCACAGGAUUAUUUGAAAUCUAGUAAUAAAAAUUUUUUAAAAAUAGGCCUAAUAUGGACAUCUUAGUUGUACAUUUAAUCAUUUUUAUGUCAUCAACUGUCAUAUUUUAGCUGUACCCCGACUCGCCAUACAUUGAUUUGAUCUCCAGAGACAUCGAAAGCUUUCCAGGACCUCUAGGAUACGGCAACAAGUUCAUUACAGGUAAAUAUAAGAUCUAGAGUUUUAAAAUGAUUUUUUAUAAAAAAGGUACAAAAUAUUUAUUCUCUUAUAUUAGGCUUUUCAAGUAGUUCUGUGCCCCAUAACACCAGAAAAAAGGCGUUGAAAAGAGGCACAGAAGUAUUUGGACAACCUAAUGUGAUUUUCUUGGCUGUCUCAAAGGUUUCUGACUUCCUUUUGUUGAUAUAUCCACCCUUCUGAAGCCCUCAUUACCUUUUAAACUUGCAGGUGGAGCCGGUGAAGGUGAUCAACAACUUCGACCAGAAGACUCGUUCGAGCACCGUGAACAGGUGAAGAGCGACAACGUUCUGCCCGCUUACUGCGAGCCCCCGAACCCAUGCCCGGUCGGUUACACCGCCGAGCACGGGUGUUUGGAAGAGUUCGACAAUAGUGCCGAGUUCUCGCGCAACUACCAAGCUCAACAACAAUGUCUGUGUGAUCAGGAGCACAUGUUCAAGUGGGUUUAUUUUUGA